AUGUCUCGUUACAACUCUGGGAUCGCGUCCGACCCAGCGACGGCCGUACCCUCGCGAGCGCCGUCCGAGACCAUCGAUAUGCAGGACACUGAAAAACAUCAACACCAGAACACCGGCAUCAACGUUCACAACGCUGAAAAACAGUUCAACGACCUCGCCCGUCGCUUGACUCGCCAGAGCACACACCAUGACGAAAAAGGCGCCUCAGACCCUGACAUCGAGAAUCAGCAGUCCUUCGACCUGCUCGAGUACCUGCGCUCCACCUCAGGCAAGCAGAACCAGGCAGGUUUUGCUCACAAGCACGUCGGAGUCACCUUCCACGACCUGCGCGUAAUCGGUGUCGGAGGUGUCAAGAUUUACGUGCGAACCUUUCCUGACGCCGUAAAGGAGUUCCUGCUCUCACCUCUCUAUAUCGCUGCAUCGCUACUAGGCAAGAAGCCGAGUGCGCCAAAGACGAUCUUGCACUCGUUCAAUGGUACUGUCCGACCCGGCGAGAUGGUUCUUGUCCUGGGACGUCCUGGGUCCGGAUGCUCUUCGUUCCUCAAGACAAUCGCGAACCAACGCGGUAGCUUCCUUGAGGUCACAGGUGAUGUGCGGUACGCUGGGAUUGGGGCUCAGGAGUUCGGCAAGCAGUUUGCUGGAGAGACUGUAUACAAUAUGGAGGGCAAGUGGGAUUAUGACAUUCACUACCCGAUCUUGACGGUUGCACAGACGCUUCAGUUUGCACUGAGCCUCAAGUCUCCCGGGCGGCGUCUUCCUGAACAGACUCGGGCUCAGCUCAACGAUGAGGUUCUGGACAUGCUUCUAUCUAUGCUCAAUAUCACCCACACCCGUGAUACAGUUGUUGGUAACGAAUUCAUGCGCGGAGUCUCAGGAGGGGAGCGGAAGCGAGUGUCUAUUGCCGAGAUGAUGGCAACUCGCGCAUGCGUCCUGUCCUGGGACAACUCCACUCGCGGUCUCGACGCCUCCACUGCUCUCGACUAUGCCAAGUCUCUUCGCAUCAUGACCGACAUCUUCAAGCUCACCACCUUCGUCUCCCUCUACCAAGCCGGCGAGGGCAUCUACGACCAGUUCGACAAGGUGCUGCUGAUCGACGAAGGUCGUCAGGUGUACUUUGGACCUGCCAAGGAGGCACGGGACUAUAUGCUGUCGCUUGGGUUCCGCAACUUGCCUCGUCAGACGACUGCGGACUACCUUACCGGCUGCACUGACCCAAACGAGCGUGCAUUUGCCGAGGGUCGGUCUGAGGUAGAUGUGCCAUCGACUCCGGACCAGCUUGCUGAAGCGUUCGAGCGAAGCAAGUACUGGUCGCAGAUGGUUGCGGAGCGCGAAGCGGUAGAGGAGGAAUGGCGACGGGAAGAGAACGAGGCGUCUGGUGCGCGAGGGCAGUUCCUGCAGGCGACGAAGGAGGAGAAGCGGAAGCAUGUGUCUCGGAAGGACCCGCACGUUGUUACGUUCUUGAGCAUGGUGAAGACGCUUGUGUGGCGUCAGUGGCUGAUGCAGAUCCAAGACACGUUCUCCAUUUUCACUAGUUUUGCCACGGCUAUUAUCAUUUCGAUUCUUUCCGGUACUGUCUAUCUAAACUUACCUCUCACCUCUGCUGGCGCUUUCACCCGCGGAGGAGUCAUUUUUCUUGCACUCUUGUUCAACGCCCUCAAUGCGUUCAGCGAACUGCCUGCCAUGAUGACUGGUCGACCGAUCCUCUACAAACAAUUGUCCUACCGCUUUUACCGAGCAAGCGCGCUAUCCGUAGCACAGACCAUCACUGAUAUUCCCCUCACUGCUAUCCGAAUCUUGAUCUUCUCUAUUAUCAUAUAUUUCAUGUGUGGUCUUCAACGAAGCGCGGGCGCAUUCUUUACGUUUUAUCUAUUCAUCUAUAUCACGUUCUUAGCUAUGGCCGCUUUCUUCCGCCUAAUUGGUAUUAUCUGUCAAGGCUAUGACAUGGCUGCCCGUUUGGCGGCAUCUAUUGUUACUCUAAUGGUCGUUUAUUCUGGUUAUAUGAUCCCUGUUUAUGCUAUGAAGCGAUGGCUGUUCUGGAUCUGGUAUUUGAACCCUGUGAAUUAUGGCUUUGCUGCAAUGAUGGAAAACGAGUUUUACCGUAUUGACAUGAACUGCGACGGCAAUUAUAUUAUCCCGCAUAAUGUCGGAGAUAUUACCAAGUAUCCUACCACACUCGGUCCCAACCAAGUUUGUACUCUCCUCGGGGCUUCUCCGGGACAAAGCCAGGUGUCUGGUGACGCAUACAUUGCGGCCGGUUUUGAAUACCAGAAGGCUCACAUCUGGCGUAACUUGGGGAUCGUUCUGCUCUACUGGUUUGGCUUUAUUGUUUUGCAGAUUCUGGCUAUGGAGAAAUUCCAGCAUGGUGCCAAUGCUGUAGCGAUAACUAUUUAUGCCAAGGAGACCAAAGAAACCAAGGAGCUGAACAUGCGCUUGAAGGAACGCAAAGCCUCGGCUCGCAAAGGGCAGGACGACCAGAAUGUCGUCGUAACCAAAUCAACCAAGGCUUUCACCUGGGAGAAUCUUGACUACACUGUCCCUGUUCCCGGCGGCACCCGCCAGCUCCUCAACAAGGUCUUCGGCUACGUCAAGCCCGGUACUCUCACCGCUCUCAUGGGUGCAUCUGGAGCCGGCAAGACCACCCUGCUCGACGUCCUGGCCGGUCGCAAGACCAUCGGUGUCAUCCACGGUGACGUCCUCAUCGGCGGCGAGCGCACUGGUAUCGCCUUCCAGCGUGGCACCGCAUACUGCGAGCAGCUCGACGUCCACGAGUCCACUGCCACCGUCCGCGAGGCUCUCCGCUUCUCCGCAUAUCUCCGCCAGCCAUACGACGUCUCGAAGGAAGAAAAGGACACAUACGUAGAGGAGGUCAUUGCUCUGCUCGAGAUGGAGGACAUUGCCGAUGCCAUGAUCGGCCAGCCUGGUGUCGGACUCGGUGUCGAAGCUCGCAAGCGUGUGACGAUCGGUGUGGAGCUGGCAGCCAAGCCUCAGUUGCUGCUGUUCCUGGACGAGCCGACGUCGGGCCUUGACGGGCAGUCUGCGUACAACAUUGUGCGGUUCCUGAAGAAGCUAGCUGCUGGUGGACAGGCGAUCCUGUGCACGAUCCAUCAGCCUAACGCACUUCUGUUUGAGCAAUUCGACAACCUGCUUCUGCUGCAGCGUGGGGGUGAAUGCGUGUACUUUGGACCUAUCGGCAAGGACAGUCAGCAUCUGUUCAUGCUGGAAGCCAUCGGUGCUGGGUCUCGGGAACGGAUUGGGCCGACUGACUGGGCGGAGCUAUGGCGGCAGAGCGAGAACUUUGCUCGUGUGAAGGAAGAGAUUGCAGAGAUCAAGGAGGAUGCAGCACGGCAAGUGGCAGUAGUGGAUCCGAAUGCGAACAAGAAGUACGCGACGCCGUUCAUGUACCAGCUGAGGGUGGUAUCAGAGCGCACUCUUACUGCUUUCUGGCGUCAGCCUGAUUACGGCUUUACUCGCUUAUUCACCCACGGCGUUAUCGCUCUGAUUACUAGCUUGACAUUCCUGCAACUCGGCAACUCGACCCAAGAACUACAAUAUCGCGUGUUCUCGAUUUUCAUUGCAACUAUCAUGCCGGCUAUCAUUAUCUCCCAAGUCGAACCGAUGUUUAUCAUCGCGCGUAUGAUCUUCAUUCGUGAAUCCUCGUCUCGGAUGUAUUCCGAAUUUGCAUUUGCUCUGGCCAGCUUAUGGCUGAAAUGCCCUACUCUUGUUUACUUCCUACUGUUCUAUUACCCUACUGGGUUCCAGUACGCUUCGGAUCGCGCAGGGUAUCAAUUCUUGAUGUUCUUGGUGACAGAGGUCUUCGCCGUGACUCUAGGGCAAAUGAUCGCUGCUUUGACCCCGACGGUCUUCAUCGCGGGUCUGCUUAAUCCGUUCAUCCUAGUGACAUUCUCAUUAUUUUGCGGUGUCAUGAUUCCCAAGGACUCGAUUCCCAAGUUUUGGCGUGUCUGGCUCUACCAACUCGACCCGUUCACGCGUUUGAUUUCGGGUAUGGUUUCUACCGAGUUGCAUGGUCUCAAGAUUACUUGCUCCCCUCUCGAGUUUGCUGUCUUCCAGCCUCCUCAGGGACAGACAUGCCUUCAGUGGGCUGGAGACUUUGUCAAUGCCAGUGUGGGCUACUUGGAUAACCCUGGUUCCACCUCUGAUUGCCGCUAUUGCCCAUACGAGUAUGGCGAUGACUUUUACAGUGGGCUUGGAAUUUCGUUCGAUACUCGUUGGCGAGACUUUGGAAUCCUUAUUGCGUUUACGGUGUUCAACACGAUCGUGACACUAAUCGCAUCGAGGGUAUUCAAGUUCUCAAAGCGAUAG